AUGGUUCCAAGUGAAUCUAAACAAUAUGCUGGGAUUAUCCAACUUCUUCAACAUUUCAGGUGGACAUGGGUUGGAAUCUUUGCUGUUGAUAAUAGCAAUGGAGAGCAUUUCUUACAGAUCAUGGAACUAUUGCUUUCCCAGAAUGGAAUCUGUUCAGCUUGUACACAGAGAAUCCCACAAUUAGCUCAUUGGGAUAAUGUGAAAGACAUUCUUGAAACAGCAUUAGAUAUAUAUGUCCCCUUAACAGAUAGUAGAAUUCGUAUCUUUAUCAUCUAUGGAGAAUCUUUGCAAAUGUUAUGGCUGACUGCUGUUACUUUUCUACUCAAUCUUGGAAUGAAGGGACAUGUAUCAUUUGGAAAGGUGUGGAUCAUGACUGCCCAGAUUGAUUUUGUGUUAACAGGAAUGCAAAGAGGUUGGAACAGCCAAUUGUUCCAUGGUGCCAUUUCCUUUACAAUUCACUCAAGAGAACUUCUAGGGUUCAAGAAAUUUCUUCGAGGCAUAAAACCUUCCUGGACUCAAGGAGAUGGAUUUAUUAAGGAUUUAUGGGAACAAGCUUUUGACUGUUCGUUUCCUGAUCUGCUGGGGGUAAUGUUGGACAAUGAUACAUGCACCGCAGAGGACAGUCUGGAAAAUCUUCCUAGACCUCUUUUUGAGACACAGAUGACUGGACAUAGCUACAGUAUCUAUAAUGCUGUUUAUGCUGUGGCACACGCUUUGCAUGCUCUUUCCUUACUCAGAUCCAACCAAAGAGAUUGGAUGGGAUGUAAAAGAUCUUCAUGUCAAGAGUUUCAAUCUUGGCAGCUCCACCCAUUCCUUCAAAACCUCUCAUUCAACAACUCUGCUGGAGAAACAAUUUCCUUUAAUCAAAGAAAAGAAAUAGAAAGUGGAUUUGACAUCAUGAACUUGGUCACCUUUUCCAACACCUCUUUCCAGCGGGUGAAAAUUGGAAGAGUGCAUUCAGAUGCACUGAAAGGAAAAGAGUUAAUUAUUAAUGAGGACAUGGUUGUUUGGCACAGAUGGUUCAAUCAGGUUGUCCCCAUUUCAACUUGUAAUGAAAAUUGUCAGCCUGGUUAUCAGAAGAGAAAGAGUGAAGGAAAAAAAUUCUGCUGCUAUGAUUGUGUUCCAUGUCCAGUAGGGAAGGUUUCAGACAAGAUAGAUACAGAUUGUUACAAAUGCCCAGAAGAUCAGUAUACUAACCAUGAAAAAAACAGAUGCAUCCCUAAAAGAAUAAGCUUUCUUUCUUAUGAAGAACCUUUAGGGAUCAGUUUAGCUUCUGUUGCUAUUUCUUUUUCCCUGGUAACAGUAUGGAUAAUUGGAACAUUUGUUAAGCACAAAGAUAGCCCUAUUGUCAAAGCUAAUAACCGGGAUCUCAGUUACACUCUCCUGGUUUGUCUUCUGCUCUGCUUCCUUUGCUCUUUGCUUUUUCUUGGACAACCAAGAAAAGCCACCUGCUCUUUUAGACAAUCUGCUUUUGGCAUCAUCUUCUGUGUGGCUGUUUCUUGUGUGUUGGCCAAAACCAUCCUUGUUUCUCUAGCAUUUAUAGCCACAAAGCCUGGUUCGAAGAUGAGGGAAUGGGUGGGGAGAAGACUGGCCCUUUCCAUUGUCCUUUCCUGCUCUCUUCUCCAAGCAGGUACUUGUUCUGUGUGGUUGUCAAUCUAUCCCCCGUUCCCUGAGUUAGACAUGCAUUCAGUAAAUGAAGAAAGCAUUCUGCAGUGCAAUGAAGGAUCGGUCUCCAUGUUUUACUGUAUUCUGGGCUACCUGGGCUUCUUGGCUAUUGCCAGCUUCAUUGUGGCUUUCCAGGCUCGUAAAUUGCCUGAAAGCUUUAAUGAAGCCAAGUUCAUCACCUUCAGCAUGUUGGCCUUCUGCAGUGUGUGGGUCUCCUUUGUCCCAACAUACCUGAGUACUAGGGGAAAAGCCAUGGUGGCUGUGGAGGUCUUCUCCAUCUUGUCCUCCAGUGCUGGUUUAUUAGGAUGUAUUUUUUUCCCUAAAUGCUACAUCAUUGUAUUGAGACCUGAGCUGAACAACAGGGAACACUUAGUAAGGAGAAAAAACUGA